AUGUCGUUCCUAAAUCCUGUAACACUUUUCUUCCUCGCUGCAGGGGCAUUGGCCACGGUGCAGGACCCAAAAGUGGCACCCAGGCCACCCAUGGGCUUCAACAAUUGGGCGCGCUUCAUGUGCAACUUGAAUGAGACACUCUUCACCACCACCGCCGACGCAAUGGUUGAAAAGGGCCUCUUAGCCGCUGGCUACAAUAACAUCAACCUCGAUGACUGUUGGCCCCUCAAAGAACGUACCGCAAAGAAAGAGCUCCAAUGGGAUCCCAAGAUCUUCCCACACGGCAUGCCAUGGCUCGCAGACUACCUCCAUAAGCGCGGUUUCAAUUUCGGCAUCUACACAAACGCAGGAAACAUGACCUGCGGAUUAUACCCCGGAUCGCAAGACCACGAAGAAAUCGACGCCAAAACGUUCGAGAAAUGGGGUGUGGACUAUCUUAAAGUAGACGGGUGCCACAUGGAUCUACAAAAGAACCGGACAUACUACGAAGAAUUUGAGUACCGCUACAAGCUCUGGCACCAAGUGAUGGGCAAGCUGAAGAAACCCUUCAUCUUCUCACAAUCCGCACCCGCCUACUUCAGCCCCAACUUCCACCUCGACCUAAACAACACAGACUGGUACCGCACGAUGGAGUACGUCCGGGAGAACGGAGAACUAGCACGACAUUCCGACGACAUAAAAGUGUACGGCAACAACCCAGAGAACAUCUUCGAGCCGGGCGGCCACUGGGAGAGCAUGAUGAACAAUUACGACAAGGAAGUCCGCCUCGCGCGAUACCAGUCCUGCGGCUACUACAACGACCCCGACUUCCUCAUCGUCGACUGGCCCGAUCUCUCCCUCGACGAGAAGAAAACCCACUUCGCGCUCUGGAGCUCCUUCUCUGCGCCUCUCAUCCUCAGCGCGUGGAUCCCCGACCUCAUGGACGACGAUGUCGCGUACCUCACGAAUAAAGACAUCAUUGCCGUGGACCAGGACGCCCUCUGCGAGCAGGCGACCCUCGUCUCGCAGACCGAAGCCAUCGACGUCUUGAGCAAGAACCUCGCGAACGGCGACCGCUUGCUCACCGUCCUGAACAAAGGCAAUGCCACGAAGACCGCCACCGUCCCCCUCGAGCGCCUCGGAAUCGACCCGGAUGUCCGCUACAAGGCGAAGGAUUUGUGGACGGGGAAGACGCAGAGCGUGGGGAGUUCUAUCACGAUUAAGCUGCAUAAGCGGCAGACGGCGAUAUACCGCGUCUCCGCGGCGUCGGGGGCGAAGAAGUUGGAUGUCACGCCGACGGGGCAGAUCUUCAAUACAUUCACUAUGAACUGUCUCACUGCUUCGUCGCGAUCUAGGGUCAGAUUCACGGUGUGCGAUGGCUCGGACGAGCAGGUGUGGAGGGUAUCGUCGGCGGGGAGAAUCAGUCCGUUGUCUACGGAUGACCGGUAUCUGACUGCUGAUGGGCGGGAUGUUGGACUGGAGAAAUUGGAUAAGGAUGAUAAGGGUCAGCUGUGGAGCUACGGUGUGAGUGGUAAUGUGGCUACUAAAGGUGGAUUUGUACUAGAAGAGAGAACCAAAGGCGAGGUUGUCGUUGGAAAGCGUGGUUAUGCGCUGGAUAGCCAGGUCUUUGCGCUACCUGGCGGAGUCAAGUUGGACAAGUAAUGGAAUCAAAAGUACGGUUGUCAGAUGUAUUGGAGGAAGAUUUUGAUUUCGAUAUGAAUCAGAGAAGAAUACUAACUACUUGCUUGCUAUGAGAAUGCCUAGUUUGCAAUAUGUUGUCAUGUCAUCAACCCGCUUUGGGUAACACAGUCCCCUACGUACUUUAC